CGAAACCCGGAAUAUGCUGGAAAAGAUUUCUUUCGUGUUGGUCGCGUCGAAGUCUAAUACUAAUACAGAGCCACCUUUGCCUUGCGUUUCCCUCUCCCAUCAGCGGUCGAUCACUCGUCAACUCGCAGCGUGGUCGUUGUAGAAGAAGACCCCCCCAAGGCGUAGAGCCCCGCUAUGGAUACAAAUGACUGGAGGGCUGAAUUCCUGCCUCAUACUCGCCAAAUAAAAGUCAAUGAAAUAAUGGGGAAAUUAAUGAUACAUCAGUCUCAUGGUGAUGACGAUGAAUUAGUUGAAGUUCAAAAAAUUGCUCAAAGUAUUGAGCAUAAGACUUAUGCUGGUGCAGCAAGCCAGGAGGAUUAUUUACAGGAAAUAUCUUCAAUGAUGUUGUUUAUUGGCUAUUAUUGGAGGACUCAAGCGCUACCUGAAAGUCGCCGAAGAAGUGUCAAUGAAAUAACGGAAGUAUUAAGAAGACAUCUUCCUGUCUCUAGCCAAGAGGGAUUAGCUGAACUUCAUAAAAUUGCCGUAAGAUUUGAGGAGAAGGUUUAUAAUUCAGCAACAAGCGAGACUGAUUAUUUUCGGAAAAUAUCCAUGAAGAUGCUGACAAUGGAAACUAAGAGCCAGAACCGCAUAGCAAACUCGUUGCCAUCAAACUUUGGUGACAAUCGGAAUGGACCUUCGGACACAGGGUCUAUUAGGCAGGCUCUGCCAGAAGGGAAGGUGGAACAACCAGAUGGGGAGAGAAAUGCUGCACCAAGACAAUCUGUGAGAAAAAGGAAGCAACCACAGCGGCUAGCUGAAUUUGUCACCUAUUGAUAGCUCUAUUCUCACAUGCUAAUUUCCUCAGGCAAUUGCAAAUGAUGGGGACCGAAUGUUUUUUAUGUCCAUGCCAUUAUUUAUAUUGUAGUGUUUUCUGUGUCCCUAGUGUAUCUUUUUGCAAUAUUGAUUAUAUGAGGCCUCUGGACUGCUUUGAUCCUCAGGGGAAAAACAGAGGUUUGUACAUUGGUGUUUGGGGGCUGUGUUUUGGCUGCCUUGAAAACUGCUCCUAACUAUCUUUGUAAUAGUUAGGAUUUGUGAUGCAAUAAGGCCAGCUUUUCCAAACCUUUCAGGUUCUGGCUACUUUUUCCCCACAUUGUAAUGAUAUCAUAAAACAAGUAUAGGGUAAUAUUUAUUCUGAUCAUGUCUGUUUGAUUUGA